CUUCCACUCAUUUUUCAAGCGCAGGGGUCCCUGGCAGGCAGCCUUGUGAGUCAGCAGGAGGAAAGCGCACACUCUUACUCACUCACUCGCUUUCUCUCUCUCUCUUUCUUUCUCGCUUUCUCUCUCUCUCAGAUGAAUGCUGUCAAGUUUUCACAGGCAGCUUUCUGAGCUCAUUUAAACCACUCAUAUUCAUUUCUACUGGGGGACAUUUUUCCUGAACCCUUUUUUUGGCUUUUUAAGGGACCUGAAACAGGACCUUUGUAUUUAUUUCUUUUUUUGUUUUUUUGCAAUAAGGCUCAAUAUCUGCAUCAGUGCCUUUUUGUUUUGGCAGUGAGUAUUACGAUGAAGCCGGUGGCAACUUUGUGCCUGUGGAAGGCCACCAGUGUGUUGGCACUGAUGGUAAACUUGGUGCCCCUGAGCCUGGCAACGGAGUAUGAGUACCCUGUCUGGAAGCCUGAUUCGUUCGGUGGCGGGCGGGCUUAUGACAAGCCUCCACAGUGUGUGUCCAUCCCAGACGACCUGCGCCUCUGCCAUGGCGUCGGCUACAACCAGAUGCUUUUGCCCAACCUUCUCGAGCACGAGAGCAUGGCUGAGGUGAGGCAGCAAGCAGGCAGCUGGGUGCCUCUGGUGCACAAGGCUUGCCACCCGGGCACACGCAUCUUCCUGUGCUCGCUCUUCGCACCUGUCUGCAUGGACCGGCCCAUCUACCCGUGCCGCUGGCUGUGCGAGAGCGUGCGUCAGGGCUGCGAACCCAUCAUGGAGGCGUUCGGGUUCCCGUGGCCUGAAAUGCUUGCCUGCGACAAGUUCCCUCAGAGUGAUGUGUGCAUCAGCACGCCCAACAACACUGACACAUCCACAGAGAGCGGUUUCCCGCCGGUCUGCCCGCCAUGCGACAAUGAAAUGAAAACCGAUGCUAUUCUGGAGCACAUGUGUGCCAGCGAGUUCGCCAUCAAGACCAAAAUCAAGGAGGUGAAACGGGAGAACGCAGACCGCAAGGUGAUCCUGCAGAAGAAGAAGAAGGCUGUGAAAUUGGGAUCGCUAAAAAAGAAAGACCUGAAGACCCUCACGUUGUACCUGAAGAACGGUGCUGACUGCCCCUGCUCGCAGCUGGACAACCCGAGCAGCGCCUACCUCAUUAUGGGCCGCAAGACAGACAGGCAGUACCUCAUCACCGGCAUCCACAAGUGGGACAAAGCCAACAAGGAGUUCAAAAAGACCUUGAAGAAACUGCAAAGCCACAAAUGCCCCACUUACGAAAAAGUCUUUUAAUGAUCUGGCAGCCGAAAACAACAAUUCCAUCCUACUUUUGAGAAGAACUUGCACAUAUGAGCAACCCCGAAACGCUCCCUUUUUUUUGAUUAUAUACAGCCUAUAUUAUAUAUUUCUAUGUAUGUUACAGACCAACACUUUGUUUUUGUUUGUUUGUGCUGUUUAAGAUAGAGGACUCUGAUUGGUGUGAUUUUAGGAACGGUACACUAUCCUGCAAAGUACAAAUCAUUACUAAUGUAUAUAGCCAUAUCAGUCCAGAAUGUGUUGGAUAAUGACCAGAAUUCCUCUCGAAUGUAUCAUUAUUUCCAUAUAUUUUUGUUUCCUAUGUAAACAUCUAGCGUUGUAGGACCACCCUUAUUAUUUUUUUGGAUCAUUUGGAAAGGUACUUAUGUUUUAAACUGUGAACCCUGCACACACACGAUUUUGAGCCUUGUACGUCUUACAUUUUGAAGCAGAAUUUAUUUCUUUUUCUUUUUCUUUUUUUAUAAAUCAUACACUUUUUGAUGUAAUCCACACUAGUCAAAAUCAUAACAUGUAUUCAGUAAUCAAUCCAAAAAUAACCGAGCUGCUUUUGUACUCAUUAUGCUGUGACCGGUAGGUUACGCAUUCAUGCAAAAGAGACCUUGCGCAUUUUAAUAGCUUAAAAACAAACAAAAAAAAAAGACAAAAACUAAAAGCUUUGUAAACAACUAUAUUAUCGAAAUUCCUUUCAAAUCCUGGUCGUGUUCGUUUUGCUAUGGGGCUAAGUUCUGUGUAUUUAGAAUUUUUAUUUGUAAUUUUUUUUAAUUCCUACAAUUCCUACAUCAUAAUCCAAAAUGCUUCUUUGCAUAGUGGUUUGAAAUGCACAAUAUACAUAUCAAAUGACUUUUUCUUUCGUAAUUUCAGUGUAGCACUAUUGGUUUGAUUUCAUUUGUGUCUUUUCUCUUUUUGUAAAAUGUCGCCAAUCAUCUUGUACAUAAAAUUCUAACACAAAUAUAGAAUAAAACUGUGACACAAACGGA